GGAAGUUUUUUUUUCCCCCUUCCAUAAACGUUGCUGUUUGCUAGCUUCGAGAAGCUGUACAAUAGAAGAAACGAUUAUGUUAUAAACAUUUGCAUAUCUGCAUAUUUGUUUCUGUGUAACAACAGUGAUUUUAUUUGAUGAGCAAUGUCUAACACCGUUUCUUUUAGUACACAAAUAGGUGCAAUCAUGGAUGUGCUAGCAAAGGCAGCUGUUGCAGAAAUAACCAAAUUUGUAGACGAGGGUACUGUCGUUCUACGGCUGGAAAUGUGUCGGAAAGAAAAUGAGAUAGAAGGCCUUAAAAAUAGUUUACAGCUGAUGGAAAGAGAACUGAGGAAAGCUCAAAGGGAAGCAGCAGCACGAGGGACAAAUGACAGGCAACAUGCUGAAGGAAUUCAGCUUGGGAGUGGGACCUCACAAAAAGGUAAUGAAGAGGACCAGAAAUCCAAAGCCACGCCUGUAGAGGACCCGGAGAAGUUCAAUGAGCUGCAGAGCUCAGGACACCUUGUGGAGGCGAGGGGUGGACUGGAGUUGCUGGUGAAAGCAGAGCAGGUGGAAAAACAUGUAGCCCAGGGAACUGUACAGGACCCAGGAAUCACAGGCAGUUUGGACUUUAGAAUGGAUGAGAGAGAUAGUCAGCUGUGGUUCUCUGUUACACAAGGACUAAGUGGGAAUGAUUCCACUCACCCAGAUGGGUCUUACACUACAGAGAGAUGCUUACAGAUGUUUUCCUCUCAGGCAGAUCAAUAUCCCGCUCCCAUCCCAUCCCAUCCUGCUUCCUGCAACUCUUUGUCUUCUGCAGAGAAACCACUUAAUGACAUGUUCAGCACUGUCCCAGUGAAAGUGGAGCCCGAGUGGCAUCCUCUUUAUCAUGGCGAUGCCAUGUCUGAGUCCUUUCAAGCUGACCAGGGGCAGUACAGAGAUACUCUGCACCCUGUUGUGAUGGAGGGCUUGAUUUUACAGCCUAGACUGCAGCAGCCAGGACCUUCUUCACAAGGGCUCAUGAGAGCAACUGAGAACACAUCUGAGUCAAACUCACACAGCAAUGAGCAUAUUCUUAAUAAGAACAGAUUGAAAACAAAAAGAAUGGUCAACGUUUGGAGAGCUGUACCAAACCAAAAAGUGUUCAUAUGCUCAUUGUGUGGAAAGAGCUUCCACCGCCACUGUCAACUUGAAGCACACCAGCACUCUCAUGCUGGAGUCAAACCAUAUAGAUGUCUUGAGUGUGGGAAAAGUUUUACGCAGAAAACCAGACUUAAGUCCCAUCAGAGUGUUCACACGGGUGAGAGACCUUUCAGUUGCAGACUCUGUGGCAAGAUGUUUGCAAGGCAGGACAACUGCCAAAGACAUGAGCGAUUUCACAGUGGACAAAAGCCAUUUAGUUGUGUGCAGUGUGGUAAAAGUUUCACGGUUCUCGGUAACCUCAAAAUACAUCAAAAACAUCAAUGUAAAUUUGCCAAUGUAAGAAUGUAAGAACAUGUUGUUCAGUGUUUUCCUCAGCGUUGUACAGUUAACCCUAACUGUGUCUUCUUGAAAAACCUGUUUAACAAUUAUUUCACCCUACUACUAACAACUCGAGAACUUCCAAUUGUUUUGUUUUUUUCAUCUUGAUGUUUAUUUAGGAAAUUACAGAGCUCAAAAAAGGGAUGCCAUAUUAGAAUGGCAAUUUGCCUGGAAUUUUUACUAAUCUCAACAAUAUGACAUAAAUCACUUGAUAUGCUUCAAGGGCUUUAUAGGAAAGUAAGCAUUGUUAAAUGAGGAUGUCAAAUUUGAACAAAUCAUUGUCAUUUUGUGUGUCAUACCAUGAAUAUUAAAUGACAUCGAAUUGAA